AUGGUGCUCCACAGCGAUAUCGAUCUGCUCAACCCGCCAGCGGAGCUGGAGAAGCAGAAGCACAAGCUCAAGCGCUUGGUGCAGUCUCCCAACUCCUUCUUUAUGGACGUCAAGUGCCAGGGGUGCUUCAACAUCACCACGGUGUUCUCGCACUCUCAGACGGUUGUUCUUUGCGGCAGCUGCUCCACGGUCCUGUGCACGCCUACCGGUGGUCGCGCUCGCCUGACCGAGGGCUGCUCUUUCCGGCGGAAGGGCGACUGA